CAUCUCGUUCCCGGCCUAAGUGAUCACGUGAUAUCUCACCAAUAACGACAGGGAAGCCAAAAUGGCCGCCAGUUCAACUUGUUUGAAAACAAGAAAGUCACGGAAACCGGCGUUUUCUCGAAUAUCAAGCGCAGUUUAGAAGGGAAGUCAUACCGACUGGCUUUCUAGGAGCACCUUAAUCGAAAGUGCCUAUAGUGGCAAAAUGUCACGCCAACGACAAGUCAUCCCCGCCUCACGGGGGCCCCCAGGGUCACCAACCAAGGACACUCUGCACGUCUUAGAAAGUCGUCUCCAGUCCACGGAGGGCGACACCCACAGUCUUCUGUCACAGCUAGCUGAGAUGGGGUUUGAUCCACGUGUGAUCAUGUCACAACGACAGGCCGGAUCACAGGCCCUGGAUCCUGGCGUACAGGGUCCCAUCAGUCCGUUCCAGCACAGGGCAGCUCAGGUGGCCCCCGAGGUGCUGCAGAAAAAGUAUGAGGAACUAGUGGCGAGGGUGUGCAGGACUGAGAGCACUAUACAGUCACUGAAGCUGAACCUGGUUACACUGCAGGCUGAGAAAGACUUGAGGGGGAAAGAUACUCAGGGAGCCAAUGAACAGAUGGCGGCUGCUGUGGAGGCUUACGACCGCGAGGUGAAGAAGUUGAAAGGUCGUCAGGAGCGGUUACAGAGAGACGUGGAGGAGGCUGAGAACAGGAGGGAGACGGCAGUCCUGGAUGUACAACAGUUACAAAAUGCACUGGAGGUCUCCAACACUGAGAAGAGUGAGCUGACAGCUAGGUAUGAAGAGUUAAAGGGCACGAAACAAAAGUUGUCAAGAAGGCUAAAUGAGAUAAAAGAAGAGCUGUCCCGUGAAAGCAGUCUCCGGGCCAGUCUUGAGGAAUCCCAUGCUACACUUCUGACCAGAAUACACAGUAUGGAAGGGGUGGUGGAAACUGAGAGGCAUGAGGUCGACACGCUGUCUUCAGACUGUAAUGUACUGAGGAAGGAGACUAUGCAGGCAAGGGAUGACUUAAAGAAGGAACAGAUGAUACGAGAACAGAUGGAAGAGUUGGUCAGGACACUCAGGGCAGAAACUGAAAUAAGGGAAAGAGAGAUGAAAAAAUUUGUAGGAGAACAUCAGGUAAACCAGAGGAUAGUUGCUGACCUGAAGAGACAGAACGUGGAGCUGAGAGGAGAGGCAGAAAAUGCUCGAAGGAUCCUCCAGGAGCAGAAGGAGGCCUAUCAUCAGCUGGAGAAGGAGAACCAGGAGGCCCAUGAAGCCCUGAAGACUGCCUCAGGAGAGAUCGCUAAACUCAUGUCUGAUCACCAACAGGCACUCAAGCUGGAGCAGGAGAAAGUGACUGUUCAGCUAAAGGAGCAGGACAGGGCACUGCAGACCCACAAGGACCAUGUGUCAGGACAGGUGGAGCAACACAGACAGGAGAAGGCCACAGUACAGAGGGAAAAUGAGGAACUGAAGUCAAAGAUCUCUAGUCUGGAGAGGGACCGGCAGCAAAAGGAAGACAAAAAUGUGGAACAAGUGAAGAAACUGGUAAGAAACUUCAUUUAUAUUGUAUUAUGAUAUACUAGUCUAUACUAAUUUGUAGUAACAAAAAAAAAGUGUUGAGAAAUACUGUUGCAAUUUUUCCUUUAAUUUUGUCUCUUAUUUACCCUUAUCUAUGAGUUUACAGUACAAUUUACACGUACAACAUGUAAUAGUGUGCACAGCUGUAUUAUGAUUUUUUCUACUGAUCAACAAAUGAUACGUUUGUAUGUCACAUGUGAAUUCAAUCUCCCUAGUAAAAAUCAUUUAGCUCAUUUUUUGCUUCUUGGUAAAUAACUGAUUCCUGCUUGGAGGGAUAAGACUUUGUGCACAAUUCAUUCCUAAUUGCUUUAAAAAUGGUUUGUACUAAGCUUUUACUACACACGAGAGAAAAGAUUUCCUAGGACAUAUAUUAGCACUGUGACAGUAUCAUUUAGAAAGAGUACUGUCAACAGAAAAAAAGUAAUAUACCAGGCUUACACCAGAUGUUUUCAAAGGGAUGCAUUUUGUUUAGAUCAUUGAGUUUCUUCUAAGCUGUCCUCUUGUUAACAGCAUUCUUUGCUUAAUGGCUGGAGGCAAAAUACAAUUAACUAGAAUCACUGCACAAUGGUAAGCAAACUGGGCACUUAAGUAGGUAAAACCAAUUAGUGUCUAGGGAUUGUAUAUUAGAAAUUCUACUGUGAAAUCGUGAUUGAAAAUUAAAGGCUUUGAAGACUACACUUGCUGCAAGUUGAAAGUUCAUAAGAAGCCCUUUCACUUCAAACUGGCCUUGACAUGGCAUACAUGCAUGGAAUGUGUCCUUCGUCCUACUCCAUACUAGCUAUAAUAACAACAAAA